AUGCUUCUCAACCAGCGGAUGAGUAUCUGCACAAUCUGUCACCUUGGAGGCAAACCUCUGUUGACUAGGACAUCCCAAGCACCUAUAACAAGCCUUACGCUUCGCCCCGCCUGCACGCCCUGUGGGGGAGGCUUGCAUAGACGUCAAACGCUCAGAUUCAAUCACCACCAUAUCCUUCGCAAUCGCACUACCGCCUCCAACGACGAUGCCGCCAAAAACAAGUUCCUCGCCGCGCACAUUACCUACGUACCUGCUUCGAGCCAAGAUAAAACUGGUCAAACAAGGGUAACUAGACAUGAUGAAAACUUUGCACCCCGUGCCUGA